AUGUCAAUAGUAACAACCAUCGACAUUGCGGCACCCCCCUCGCAGGUCCGCGACAAAUUCCUCGACUUCGCAUCGCUAUCCAAAUGGCAUAGCUCCUUCUUCUCAUCAAUCACACCGCACGGCACCCUCGAGCCCGGACAGAAGCUUCUUGUGCAUUUUGCAACAGGUGGACAAAAGAUGAACCCCGUGAUACAACAAAAUACGCCAACUACGUUUGCGUGGACUGGAAGCUUACCGUUCGUGUUUACGGGCACCCAUUGUUUCCUAUUCGAGGAGAGCACAGUGAUACCUGGAGGUUGUCGCUUGACGCAGAGUGAAGAGUUUAGCGGGGCGCUGGGGUGGCUCAUGGGUGGGAAUGUUGUAGCGAGACAGGUAGGGUUUGCCGAGAAAACUAAGAGGGGAUUCGAGAUACUUAAUGCAGAUCUGAAGGCUGCUUGUGAGAGGGUGGACUGAGCUGAGAAGACACUGGUCGUUUCCUUUUGCUAUUAGGAGAAGUUAUUACUCACUAUGAAAAAUGCUGAAUUUCUUUGUGGUACAGGCAUGAAUUAGGAUCACUAUACAUAGACAGUACUAAUCAAGUAACUUUUGGUUGGCUUUCCAGGUCGUAAUC